CGCGGACCGCCCCGUUAUUAUUCGACGAGCGACUGACACCGAAACUACAAUGUCAAACAUUCUCGGGACACCGAGCGCUUCCGUGUUCGCGCGCGCAGCGGAGGACCCGUCCUGAUUUAUUAAUCCACGCGCAAAAUUUACGAACAAUCCGAUGGUGUUUCUGGAAGCUAAAGACUGAGAUGUUGUAUCAUCGUUCAGACAAGGUGGAAGUGUGAGUGAGUCAGGGAGACAUGGAGGUGAUUAGAAGAAAAGACUCAGACUCAAACGGCCUCUUCUCAGACAACUCGGACAAUGACUGUGAGCACUUGGGGGCUUGUGGGCAGACGACAGCAGUGUGUUUGUGUGAAAAUACCCCCUUUACCAGCUUCUGUGAUCAGCACCCACAGGAGGACUCCAGUGUGAAGUGUGUCCAGUGCGGUAAGAACAGAGCCAUGAUCACCAGAUACUCAGAGGGUUAUGGCACAGAGGAGGAUUGUGUUCAGCCUCAUCUACAGGGAGACAGCGACGCAGACGCAGACAUCGAGGACACGGACAGCAGGCUCCAGAUUGUGGGUUCCCUCCAGCGAAUCAGCUCCCGGAAGAGAAAGCGUCAGCGAAUCACGCGGCAGGACACAACGGAGAGCGAAGACGAUGGUGGGCGGAGCCACAGGACGCACCGCUGGAGUCUACGGCUCAGUCCUCAUCGCGCACAUAACAGGACCAUCCUGGAGGAGAGCAUUUCUCAGGUGCGGCCGCUGGUAAUCUGCCGCUGUGCAGCGCGAGAGACUCAAACCGUCACAGACGACAAACCCGACAGCGGAAAAUGGACCCUGGCAGUGUUCCCCGUCCCUCUCUCUCUCCCUGUGUCCUGUUAUCUGCUCAUCGUCCCUCUCUCCGUAUCCAUCAUCAUCGUUCUUGUGUCAUUCCUCCUACCGCUCACAGAUACUUGACAUUGCCUUAAAACAUCGCUGCACAACCCUCUUCAUCAUAUGAAUCGAUUAUCUUUUUAGUUGUGUCUACAUGUACAGUAUAUUUGACCCUUUUAUACAGUGUGAUCUAUAGAAGCUUUGGUAAAUAACUAUGAGAUAAAAAGUCAAUUAUGAGAUAAAAAGUUAAAAUGAUGCAUAAUGUCACAAUUAUGAGACAAAAGCGGAAAAUGUUGAGAUACUAAGUCAUGAUUAUGAGAUAAAAAGACAAAUUGUGAAACUCUUAAGUGAUAAUUAUGAGAUAAUAGUUGAAAUUAUGACAGUAAGUCCUAAUCGAGAUAAAAAUGUAAAAUUAUGACAGAAUAAUUAUGACAUACGAAGUCAUAAUUAUGAGAUAAAAAGUUACAAUUAUGAUAUACUAAGUCAUAAUUAGGACAUAAAAAUAUGAAAAAACAAUAAGAAAAAAAAUCAUUAUGAGAAUUAUGAUAUGUUUAAAUGUAUGAGAUGAAAAAUUUUCAAAUUAUGACAUACGUCAUUAUUAGGGCAUAAAAAUGUAAAAGUAUGAAAAAAUCAUUAUGAGACAAAAGUAAAAUUAUGAGAUAAAAAGUCAUAAUUUAUUUCAGAAUUAUAGCUUACUUUUUAUGUCAUGACUAUGGCAUCUUGUGUUGGAAAUGUGCUUAUGUAUUAUUUGGACAUCAAAGCCAUCAAGUUUAUUGACAAAAAGCACAUUUGGACGCACGAUAUGGUCAGGGGUGUAAAAUCACAGUGAUUUUGUACUUAAGUGAGGGAAUACGGUGCCAAAAAGUUGUUUCCACAUGUAAUCAUAAAAAUCAAUUUUUUUUUUUAAGGCGUCUCUUCACAAGAACAAAUGACUGCAAUUAUCACCAAUUACAUUUCACAUUGAAAUGGAUUUCAUUGGCUGUAAAAAAACAACAACAAAAAAAGCACCAGAGCUCACUUUGAUUGGCUUAGCAGCUUAGUAAAAUGAAAACACUAUAUAGGCUUAUAUUUUUAUAUAAUAGAAAAUAUUUAUGUAACAAUGACUUGCGAAACAUGAAUUUGGAAAUGUGGAGUAUUUUUUCCUUAGAAAAUAAAUAGAGUAAAAGUUGCAGUAUCAAAAUUACUCGAGCCGGGAACAUAUUCCCAAAUGAAUGCUUAAGUAUAUAAUGGAGUUCAAUGAAGUACUUUAACACCCCUGCAUGUGCUCUUCAGAAGAUCUUAUAGUCAUAUGAUUAAUCAGAUUUCAGUAUAAAUGCUUUUCUCUUCGCAGAAACUUUCACAUCUGUAUUUAAGGCCAAGAUGCAAUGCAUUCACAUUAUGUUUUACUUUUUCAAUGUGAUGGAUUCUGAGUCAACAAGAACAUAAAAUGUAGAUCAGGAUUUGGUUGUAUUCAUCAAGGUUUGAUGCAGAGGUGUAAAGUGGGCGUCAAGUGAGUUUGAAGAGGUUUUUUUGACCUGAAGCAUGGAGGAUGAAGGUCAAGUUCACCCUCAUCAGCUAUCAUUGUCAUGAGCUUUAGUACAUUGCCCAGCAUUGAGUAACUUCACAAAGAUUUUUCAAAAAGGCUGAGUCACCUACAAAAGCAGCUGAAAAGCUAUUUGACAGCCUUGACAUCAAGUGCAACAGAAAGCUGUUUCAGGGAUAAAGACAUUUCACUGAGAGAUUUAGAAAAUCAUGUAUAAUAAGACCAGGAACAUUAGUUACCCUGGGCCACAAAGUCAGUCUUAAGUCUCUGGGGUAUAUGUGCAAAAAACAGCCAAAAAUACAUUGCAUGGGUCAAAAUUAUAGAUUUUUCUUUCAUGCCAAAAUCAUUAGGGGAUUAAGUGAAGAACAUGUUCCAUGAAGAUAUUAUGUAAAUUCCCUACCUAAAAUUUUAUUUUUGAUUAGUAAAAUGCAUUGUUAAGAACUUUUUCUUCGCAAUUUUCACAGUAUUUAGAAUUGUUCAGAUUCCAGAUUUCCAAAUAGCUGUAUCUCUGCUAAAUAUCAUCAUAUCCUAACAAACCAUACAUCAAUGGAAAGAUUAUUUAUCCUUAAUUACGACUAGUUUUGUGGUCCAGGGCCACAUUUAUGAAGAAUAUUCUUUCAUGUUGACUUGAACAUCAGUAAAAGCAGCUCAGAUCUGCAUAUCCAUGAAAAGAAUCAUUCCUGGUGUCUGGUGAACCUCGCAGUGUCAGAAAUAGAGCUGUUAUCUAAUUCUUCUUGCUAUGUGUGUGUGUGUGUUUGUUGGGGGUGGGGGUGUAAGCUUAGGCCCACUAUCACAUGUGGGCUGAAUCUAUGCAAGCGUCACUCUUUUUUCAAACUCUUGUUUUUUUUUUUUUGUGGUAUAGAUGAGCUCAUAUAAGUUUUAAUUCCUCUUGCUUUUGCCAUCUUUCGUCUGUUUCUGAAUCUUCAGCGUGCCAUUCAUGGAUUUGUGUAAAGGGCUGUUGUUUGUCUCACUCUGGCUCACUGUAAAGGAAAUGCAGUAUUUCACAGACAGUGACUCAUCUGAAUCUUCUCCAGACGCAGUAUUCACUGCCAGAAGCACAAGCGUGACUCAGGUCAGAUGAGUUCAGACUAAGGUUUCCCAUGAUCCUUCAUCAUUAGUUCAUUAUCUGAGUGUAAACGUACACAACUGUCCACUUAUUUGAUCAGCUGCAUGUUUAUGUUGAAUAUUAUCGCUAUAAUAAUCGACUGGCGGUGUGCAUCUGUACCUCAUUCCAGCUCAUUUUAGAUUUCAUAUUUAUUCAUAUUUGCUUAUUGCUUUUUUCCCUUUUUAUUUUAAAUGUUUCUCCUUGUGAAAAUUGUAUUGUAAAAUGAUUCUGUAAAAUGAGUAUCUGUCUAGAUUUUAAUAGAAUUAAAAUUAUAGUUUGACA